AUGAUCGAAAGCGCAACAUAUGGAACGCAGGAGCCUGAAGAGAAAUCCAUCGGGAGUAUGGACGUCGAUAGCAACUUCUUGUUCGAUUUUGAUGGAGACGUCAUAAUGGAAAUUCAUCAGCCGGAUGACGAAUUGGAGGCUCAUAUGGACGUUGAUGCAGACUUUGUCCUGCGCGAAAGCAUAGUUAUUGCGCAGGAGGCUGGCAAACUUGAGUGGUGUAUGGACAUUGACGCAGACAUUGUCGCGCAUGAAAGCAUGGUUAUUGCGGAGACGGCUGAUGAAUUGGAGUGGUCUAUGGAUGUUGAUGUGGACAUUGUCAUGGUAGAUCUAUCUACUUCUCCUGACGUCUAA